AUGUCCGCCAAGACGGCCGCCUCUCCGUCGGAGCGCAGCUUCGUCGAUCGAUUUAUGCGCAGCCAUGCCGGCGCCGCCACGGCCGCGGGUAUCCUCGAGAUCGCCUUCUUCCAUCCGUUCGACACGACAGCGAAGCGGCUGAUGGCGAACAAAGGCUCCAUCAUGCGCGGCUCCGUGGGCGAGACAACCGCCAACCUCAACACGAUCGUCUUCAAGAAGCACGCCGACGCCGGCUUCCUUCGAAAGGUGGUGUACCUCUACCCGGGCUCCCUGUACGCCACCGUGUACAAGGUCUUCCAGCGCGUGUAUAAGUUCGCCGGGCAGCCCCUCGUGCGCGACUUUCUCAGCUCCAACUACCGCGACGGCUUCAAGCGGUACUGUGGCGAGGCGCACAAGGUUAUGGAGGACGCGACGGCUGGCUGCCUCAUCGGCCUCGGCGAGGUCAUCUUGCUGCCGCUGGAUCGGCUGAAGGUGUUGAGCCAGACGAACGAGGCCGCCAUGCGGAGCGGUCUGCUGCCGCUUCUGCGCCAGGAGGGCUUCCGCGGUAUGUAUGCGGGCACCGUGGUGACGAUGUGCCGCAACGCCCCCGGCUCGUUCUGUCUAUUCGGUGGCACGGCCUUCACGAAGGGGUACAUCUUCGGCCUCAGCGACUACCGCCAUGCGACUUUCUUCCAAAACAUGUGCUCCUCCACCGUUGGCGCGUGCGUCGCCAUCGCCAUCUCUAACCCGAUGGACGUUGUCAAGACUCGUGUGCAGCAGCAGACAGACGCCGAGCGUCGCAGCGGUAUUGCGACGGCGACGGCGAUGCUGAAGGAAGAGGGCGUGUUGUCCUUCUUCAAGGGCCUCACGCCGAAGAUCAUCGCCUCGGCGCCGAAGCUGAUCUUUGCGUACACCAUGACCGAGUACUUUUUCGAGGUGAUGAACGACUCCAAGAAGCACUGA